AUGCAGCACUCGAAGCUGCUGUACGAGAAGGGUAUCAUUAAAAAUCGCAGAAUGUUAACGCAAUCACAGUAUGAGAAUUACAAGCUGGUGUGCCGUUUGGAGCACAUAAAGACCUUCUACUCAUCCAUUAAAGCAAUCUGUUUCAGUGAUUUUGGCACGCUGCAAGCUAGUGAAGAUGGGCUACUCAUUACCGUGGAGCAGGGCAAAUCCAUACAGGCCACAUUAUUUAUAGCGCCCGCUUUCUUUGCCGAGUUCAAGGUCGACGGCGCGCCAAGCUUCAGUGUGAAGAUCAAUGUACUGGCCGAGUGCCUGAGUCUGUUUGGCCUGUCCGACUGUAGCAUCAAAAUUUUGUAUAAGGGCGAAGGCGCACCCCUGCUGCUGCUGCUGGAACCGCACGAUGACGAACAGGUCAGCACAGAAUGCUCCAUUAAAACUACGAACGUGGAGGAGCCCAUGGAGUAUGAGCUGGAUUUAAACAGUUCAAGCUUAAAUACCAUAUUUAUGCGUGGUCCAGAUUUGUCCAAUAUCUUUCAUGAGCUUGACAAGGCGGCUGAUGAGUAUGAGUUUACUAUUUCGCCGUUAAAACCACACUUUAAGAUCACCACGUUGGGCGUCAUGCAGGCAGAGUCCAGCGUGGAAGUGGCCAAGUCCAGUGAUAUGAUAAUAUUAUUUAAUUGUCGUGAGACAACGGUGGCUCGUUACAAAAGCCAGCAAAUCAAGCUAACCAACAAAGCAAUGCAGGUGGCCUCAAAGGUGGCCAUUAAAACGGAUGCCAGCGGUUUGCUAGAGAUGCAUUUCAUGAUGCAGUGCGAUGACCAGGAGGAGAUGUAUGUCAGGUUUUUCAUAACACCAUUGCUAGAGGUUGACGGCAAUUGAAAUAAUGUUUUAUCGACUGUCUGGCAGCACUGCAUUCGUUCUAAUUUUUUUUUUUUUUUCUUAAAUAACCUGUAUGCAAAAAAUUAGGCAAGGCAAAACGCAGAGAUGCAGCCGAAUCGUGUACAUAUAAUUUAAGUACUACAUAAAAUAUUAAAUAACCAAAAACAAGCCUUAAA